GUGGGUACCGUUUAGUUACAGCGAAGGUGCAGGCUGUACAGGGCAGCCGGGGUGAAGUUCUGUGUAACUUACCUCGAGUCUUGGUGCAUUUUCUUUGCCCUGGCCAUAGAGAAUUCAUCUGCAUCAAAACAUCGUCUCGCAUCACCUCCGCGUCACCUGCUUACCUAUCAUAUCAAUAUCUGUCCUUACCUACCUAGGUACCUUAGGUAGAAUAGAAAAAUAGCACCAGCCUUGUUUUCUUCUUCUUAUUAAAAAACUAUCGACUUCGUCCCCCAUUUCCCUAUCUAAGAUGCGGUUGCGGAGUUGCCGAAUAACACAUCCUGAAUGGCUACUACAGUCGAUCGUCGUUGUGUAAAUCUGGCCAGAAAUAAUUCUUUGGCUCUUCCCGAAAGCUUCAGAUCUCCCCCUUCCGACCAUGCCCGCCAUCAUGACGUAUACGGUCCUUCCACCGAAUCUAGUAGUCGAGCUUCCAUUAUGUCUACUGAGGAUAUCCCUUUGGAAUUAUCCCGUACGUUAACGACCGGAUCCGAGGGCUGGUCCGACUCCGAAGACGACGACUCUUCCGUUACAUCUGACACCUCUCACGCCCGUAUCGCUCGCCGACCGCAUUUCCCCCCAGUUCUCCCAUCCGUAAACUCCUCUUCUAGUAUAUCCAAGAGUCUUCCACAGAAGUUGGCUGCAACCAUUUCUGCUGUUGAGAGGACUAGUUUAACUCAUCGCCCGCAAAUUCCAAGCAAGUCUCAAUCACCAUCUGCUCGCUUUCGACGCGUGAAGUCACCGCCGCUAUCUUCCCAGACUCAAAGAGAGUCGCUUAUUUCUAAUGCCCUCCGAGCCCAGCACCCGUCAGAACCCCACAGCUUGCCAAAUACUCUUCACGUACCCCCAAGUCGGCAGACGCGGCCAAUACCACAUGGCAUCGACGAGAUGAUAUCGGGGCCGAAAGGCGCCCCUACCAAUAGAGAACUCGGGUUCAGACCGCAUGUCUGGAAAGGUUUUGAUGCGGAAAGUGAAGUGAGCGACGAUGAUGACCAGUCCGGAUUAGUCAGCUUUGACAACGAUGAGGAUAGCGACCAGGACGACGCGUCUAGUCGCGUUUCUCGUAGCUUCCAGCGACUAACCACUCAUUUCUCUAGACUUAGAGACCGGAGAACUAACCUACGCGAAAUAUUUAACGGUGUACAGCUAAAACGGACUCAAGUCCAAGAGAUGCGUCAUGUCAAAGAUGACGCUACACUCGCGUUCAUGACUGCCGUGCAGGGUCUCCUCCCGGAUAACCCGGGACUAGAUAAGUUCUUUAAGGAUAUGCGAGAUGCCCAACUUAGAUGCCAGGAGGCGGAACAACGCUUUGACGAUAUGCUGGAUGAACUGCAACAUGGCGAGGUUGAGCUGGAAUUGGAAGAACAAAGAUUCUAUACCGCUGCCGCGGUCAUAGAUAGCACUGCACCCGACGAUGAAUCCGAUGAUGAUAAUUGUUCUCAGGUUUCGGAUAAUUCAAUGCUACGAGGAAUUACUGGUGAUCGCCCGGAAGAUAUCCAUCCCCUAUUUGAAGGACUUCGAGAGGCAUCUCGAAACAUCCAGUUAGCCAGGGAGCUCUUGGUGAACACCCAAAUGAAGAGGAAAGCCCUGAGUGCAGGCAAGUCUCAUUUGUUGUCCCCUGAUAGUAUCGAACUAUUAGAAAGUUAUGGUGAAGCCGGGAAGAAACGAGCCCUCGAACUCAAGCGAUUAGGGGUCAUGUCGCAAGACGACAUAGAGAUGCUACAAGACUACGACAACUUGGAGCAGAGAGCCCUUUUUGACAUUGAUCGUUACACCAAAGAAGCCGUGCGAUUGGAGAAUGAGUGUCGCGAGAAACGGGUCAUGCCCAAAAACACCCCCUUUCAGCAAGAAGGGUUUGGAUUUAAUCCCGUGUAUUCAGACGAGAUUCGCCUAGGAGAUGAAUUAUUUGAUAGACCUUCCAAGGGGCAAUCCAAGACGCUAGCACAUCCUAUGUUUCCGAAGCUAUUAUCUAAUCCCACAUACCUUCUUGAGGAGUUCCCCCAGACUGCCCAACAGUCACUCCGACAAGCCAUAUCGCUCCCCCAGCAUUUACCAACUCGUCAGAAGCAUAUCGAAAAUGCAGCUCGUGAAGUUAACAUUCAUUCGCUCCUCAAGGAGGCCGGGGAUCGGGGUGGGGACAAGAGGGGAUACAUCAACCGUUGGCUACUUCACAAACUUCAUUUAUCGUCCAUGGAAGCUGAGCUCCUGUGGUCCACCUUUCAUUCCCGUCUUAAAGUCCUCAAUGUUGACAGAUGGCAACAAGACGUCCUUCAUUUGUGGUGGAAAGACCAAGCUGCCAAUCUACCACCCGCUCAGUUUGAAGGGGUUUACGAAGAUCGCAGCUCAGCCUCGAUCAAUCCAAGACCGGAUCUACCUUCGAGAUGCUAUUCCGACUCUCAUCAGUUAGAUCAUAUGAGACUCUGGGAUAUUGAAGAAGCCUGGAGUUAGAACAUUGUUGUUAUUUAUUUUUUGGCUACACCGCAUUCUUGUAUUUUGUAUAUAGCCUCCAGUGGCUAUUCUUGGCUGUGUUAGCUUUGUUAUUUCAAGGUUCGAUCAGGCCGGAUCUUGGUUUCACGGAACGCAAAAAGGCAGCGAACCGUGUUAGGAGAGAUUGAUUUACGGACUCAUAUACCCCAUUUGCGAUUUGAUAUCAUUAUGGAGUUUUAGUCAUUGGAUGGGAAUGGUUGAGGCUGGUUUACUGUUUUGUCUCUAUCGAUGCUAGUUUGCGGGAAGAAUCUGGCUGUACAACUUCGAUGGCGUUCGGUUAUACCCCAAAGCUCCUGGGUCCAGACCAAUAUCGCUCGGAACAAGGUAGUCGUCAGUCAUCAGGAACUUCGCCCUUUCCAGAUGAGACGAUUAUCCACCUAGCGUGUCGAGUUUUCAAGCUUUACAAUACAAACAUUUAUCUACCUUCCUCCCCUAAA